UAAAUAGAAACAUUCAUAGAUUUGUGCUUCUAGUUACACAUGUGUUACAAAUAGACAACUUCGUUAUUUCACUGCAAAAUGGGCAAGAGAAAAAAUAUUGCUAAUAACAACGUAUCUGAUAAUGCUGCCGGUAGCGUACCUCAAAAGAGAGUACGGAUUGAGAAUCAAACCGAGUUAGAUGAAGACGAGGGAGUAAAUGGUGCCGUAACAAUAAAUGCAAUAAAAGUUAAAGCCUUUGCAGAAAAUCGAGCAUUGGAAAUACAGGCACUUUCAGAAGUUGUUAAAAAUGUUGGUGGUAAUCAUAUGGCAUUUCAAAAACUCCCUCGCCACAUGCGUAGACGAGCUAUGAGUUAUAAUUUUAAAAGAGUUCCAAGAAGACUUCAUAGUGUUGUGCGAGCAGAGAUUGAAAAGACCAAAUCACCUGGUAAAGGUCCUAGUAGAAAGCACAGACGUCGACCUAAAAACUUGUUGUCUGAGUAUGAAAGACGCAAACGCAGAGUUGAAUGGCUUGAGACACACAUUUGGCAUGCAAAACGGUUUAAAAUGCUUGAGAGGUGGGGCUGUAAACUUGCCCACCAUCCUAAUGACAAGAGUGGUAGGGCUUGCUAUCGAGCCGUUCGUCAUCAUUGCGCAAUGCAGGAUGUGUCCUUUGAGCAUUAUAUACAGAUCAAAGGUGAAAGGCAGCAGAUCUUAAAUGGUUUGACUCACUUGACUAGUCAGAAAACAGGGCUGACAUUUGCCGCUAAGCUUACAUCACAUGGUACAAGGGAAGGGACUCUAACAUUGUACUCAUAUGACAGUUAUCCUUAUAAAGCUAUAGGUUCUGUAAAAUUUCUGUGGCAGCCAUGUUUUAAUCAGGAUGAUCAGGAUUCAACACUGUGGAUAUGCUGUCAUAGAUCUAGUUAUGAGUUAGUUCUGUCUGAAGUGAAGAAAUGUUUUGAGACAACAAGCCGAGCCUUGCAUUCUGAAGAGAGAAUAGAGACAAGCAAUGUCAUGGUCACACCGCUCAAAGGAGAGCUUGUCAAAAUUAGACUUAUUGGGCCUGCCUCUAACAUGGUUCUGUCGGAAACCCUAAAACUAUAUGAUGUUGCUGGAUUCUUAGAAAAGGAUGAUGCCCGGCUUCAGUGCCCCAAUGAUGAAAGUUUGGAAGCUGGUGUAGAAGAGGAUGAUUCCGACUACAAAAGGCAAUGGUGGAAGGGCUAUUACAAAAAGGAGAAUGCCCUUAAUGUUAUCAGUGAUCAGUCCCAAGUGUUGGAACAGCUAAUAAAGUGUCAUUCACCAGGUGAAGCCCCCAAUAAUUGUGUCAUUGGACUGACUGUAAGGGAUCCAAGAUUGUUGCUGCCUCCCAAGAGAACAAAAGUAUCUGUUGUCAAUAGGGGUAACUUAACUACUAGCUUACCUAAUGAAUUAUUUACUGAGUCUGUUGCAAGCAGUGCAUUAUGGGAUGCCACUGUCAGAAACCUGGUAAAAACAACUAAAAUAUCUGAGCACAAAUUGAAUGAGAUGAGGAGUCACAACCAGAUACCAGGCUCAACAUUGGAUCUUGGUGAAAUGGAAUCUGCAAUACCUGUUAUCCUCAUUCAGCGGCCAGGUGCAGCUUCCAUGAACCACCAGAGUUCUGUGCCUUCGGGGUUCUCAAGUGGCUGGGAUUUGAUUUUACCUGCUGGCUGGGCUAUGGCCUUCUGGAUAGCUUUGGUGUACAGAGGUGCUAGAGUUGGCGGGCUGCAAGAGGCUCGCAAUAUAGAUCUCCUGGCUAAGAAGUUGUCAACACCAUGGGACUACCCAGACACAUCAUCUGGUCAAGAUGAGCUUUUGGGUCAGUCAAAGGAACUUGAGUUAAAAUAUAACCGCAGACCACCAGCUAAAAGGCCUAACUACGUCAAGCUGGGUAUCCCUUCACCAUUUUAUUUUCAGUUUGAGAAACUUGUGGGAGACUGGUAUCAGCAUUUAUAUAGCUCUUGUUUAGACUUGUCAGAUAAAGGAAAGUACUUUGUUUUAAGGGAUAAGAAGAUUCUUAAUCUUCUCAAUUCAGCCUUGACACAAACUAAAAAGUUUCUGGAAGAAAAAAGAAAAACACCUAAAGGUAUGGGUAAAGCAGUUCCUUCAGGCGGAGGUCAUAGUUCAUUGUUGAAAGCAAUAGCUGUUGACUCAACUGAUCAGAUUGCCUCAGCUCUAGUGGCUGUUCAUGUCAAACUUAUCAAACGUGGUGUGCCUACAAUGAACAGCCACAUUUGUCUUCCAAAUGCUAGUGACUUAAGCAUGUUGGUGAAGAAGUGUAAUAAUCCAGAACCUGUGGAGAAAAAACACCCAGAUCCCUUCAGGAAACAAAGAAAGGAGAUGAAGAAAAAGAAGGGAAAUAAAAAAUUGAAGUCAAAGGAAGAAAUUAAUUCCCAAAAUAGCAUAACCCAGUCAUCUCAUUGUUCAGUUAGCUCUGAGCCUGAGGGUCAAAAUAAGAAAGUUGAAGGUGCCGAUGUAACAUCAUACAAGUCUCAUUCAACAUUAUCCAACUAUAAUUUAGUGGAUUGCACAACUCGGCAAAUUGCUGGCUUUGUGACUUAUGGGGCAUACAGCUUGGCAGCUGGCCAUGGCAUGGGGAUUGGCUUCUGUUCUGUAUUGGCAUUGCUACAACUGAUAGAAGAUCAACAGAAUUGUCAAUCUUGUACAAUUUUAAGCCGAAGGCCUAGUUCUCUUCAGUAUAGAUUUGGUUCUAUAUCUCUUAUUGUUUGAAUGUGUUAGUCACAUUUGGAUCAGUACUAUUUAAAGUUUCUGUUAAGUCUUGUUUUCAUCAUUCAUGUGAUGUUGAGACGUGAAAAAAAAAUAUAUGACCAAUAAAUAUUUUCAAUUCUAAACAUUUUUUGUAGCAAAUUUUGCUAAAAAAAAUAUUUUAAAAAAUAUGUAGUCUAUAAUUUUUUCAUAAAUCUCAUGCAUACCAAUGGUACAUGUAUAAAUAAUAAAACUAUUUAAAUUGAAUAACUAUUUUUUUGUCCUAUAAUCUUUCAUUUAGCAAUUUCAUGAUUAGAAUGUGAUAUUUAAUAACAAAAUGUAUGGACUUGUGGAUAUUCAAAGAGAAUAAACUUUAAAAAAUUUAUAUUGGACUUAAUUG